AGUCCAUUUUAGGUGCUCAACAGAGGCAGGGAAGGUUAGGCAGAGGGGAGGUGGUUUCUUAAGCCUCAGUCAUUCUGGUGGACCCACCGAGCACCUACAAAGCCCACCUUAAAAGACGCUCAUCCUGUUUCCAAAGUCUCAGAUUAAAAUUCUUUGGGAGAGACGCAGCUAAAAUAACCACAGAGCCAGAACAAAAAAAAAAAACCUUGGAGGAAACACUGAAAGCGUUGGAGGUUGUUUAGUCAACACACCACACACACACACACACAUGCUUAAGGCUUCAGCAUGUGAUUCAGGACACAGAAAGGGGACAAAUCCUUUUGGCCAGGUACAAUGGGGAGCUCUGCUUGUUACGGUAGAAGGCAAACUCUUGCUGGUGGCUGGGCAGAGAAAUUGCAAAUAUCCCUUGUUAAAAACCUCUUUCUCUUCAGCCGAGGUAUAAAUCCUAGGAACAGCAGGAGAAGCCAGGUUUUCUUCCAAGCAGGGGACAAGCCUGGACCUGCCUCUUCCCCCACUUUGGCCAGACCAGGAAACGGAGGGAGACCCACCACACCUUGGUGGACACCAACCAAUGGGAGGGAGGGGAGGAGAUUGGUGGCUGCUGCCUUGGAGAUGAGGGAUCAGCUGUCCUGCUCUCCUGGUAGCCCAUUAAAAACAAGAGCGAAGCACAGCUAGCAAGGCCGGCCAUCCCACGGCCGGGUCCAGAGAAGACAGAAACCCCAGAGGUGCUCCCCAUGGGCAGAGGGCAGGGAAAGGGCCGCUUCUGAGCUAUGGCCUCUGGAGAGGCGCCUCUAGGGGAGCGUGAAGUGGCAGGAGGCCAGAGUCUCAGCUCAGACACCUACCUGCCUAAACUCCUGGAGGGGCUCCAGGACCUCCGUUCCCAGAAUGCCCUGUGUGACGUGGUGCUGGAGGCCGAGGGGGCCUCCUUCGCUGCCCACAGAGCCGUCCUGGCCGUAGCCAGCAGCUAUUGCAAGAUUCACUUCGCCAGGGAGGCAGCCGGCCGGGCAACCCCACUCAAGCUGGCACCACCGGUGACCGCCAGGGGCCUGCAGGGCGUCUUGUCUUUCCUUUACUCCAACCGGCUGGAGCUGACUCUGCAGACGGUCGAGGAGGUCUUCCGGGCAGCUGAGGUGCUGCUGGUGCGCGAGGUGAUGCGCCUCUCCUUCCGGUUCCUGGAAGGAGCCCUGGACCGACACACCUGCCUGCCCAUCCUUCGCCUCGCUCGCCGGCUCGGCCCAGAAGGGCUGAGGCUAAAAGUGCAGCGCUGGGUCAGCAAGCACGGCGGCCACCUCCUGAAGGACCCUGCACAGCUGAAGGAGCUGGACAGGGCGACGCUCUGCGAAAUGCUGGACGGAGGAGACACCCAGGGACUGAGCGAACUGCAGCUCUUUCAGGCCGCCACUUGCUGGCUGGAGCACAACGGCUCCCGCCAGGAGGAUGCAGCCGAGGUCCUGGGCCACGUCCGUUUCCCCUCCAUUCCGCUCCCAGACCUGCAGAGGUUCGUCCAGGAAACGCCCGUCAUGAGAACUGAGCCUGCUUGCCGCCGGUACCUCCAGGAAGCCCUGGACUACCACGCCCAGCCGUACGUGCAGCCGCUUCUCCAGAGCGAGGGCUCCCGGAUGCGCCAGAGGAACGAGGCACUGAUGGUGCUGGGGGGCAGAUCGGCAGACAACGCUGUCUGCGGGGAUGUCUGGGCGGCUGACCGGCACUGCCAUUCGUGGAUGGCUAUCGGGAAGCUGAGUGGGCCACUGUACAACCACUGUGUGGCCGUCCUGCACGACUUCGUCUUCGUGAUGGGGGGCCAGGAGAGCUUUGAUCCGACCGGCCAGGAGCCUUCCAAGAAGGUGUUCAGGUUUGACCCUUGCCACAACACCUGGCUGCAGCUGGCCAGCAUGCUGGUCCCCAGGACUCGCUUCUACGCCGGGGCCCUGAACGAGCGGCUGGUGGCUGUGGGGGGUGGAGCACCGCUGGGGAUGCCAACCGACACAGCCGAGGAGUACCGCCUUGCCAAGAAUGCCUGGCGGCCCCUCCCGGCCUUCCCAGUGCCGGUGGCUGACCACGCGGGGGCGACGCACGGAGGCAUCUUGUAUAUCUCAGGAGGCUUCGUCGAGGGCCAGACCUUGAGCACCAUGUACAGCUACCUCUCCCGCCUGCGCUGCUGGAUCAGGAACCGGCCGAUGGCCUUUGCCCGCUGCGAUCACGGCAUGGCAACGGUGGGAGACCGCAUCUUCUGCCUGGGAGGAAGGGCUCUGGCCAGCGGCCAGGAGUGGGUCCCCGUGAGCGAAGUGGAGUACUACUGCCCCGUUACCAACCAAUGGACCCAGCUCUACCUGCCGGCCAUCGACCUCUGCCACUUCAGCCUCACCCACAGCCAGCUUCAGCUCUACGCGAUGGGCGGAGGGUCUCUGCGGCGGAGGAGCAAAGAGGACGGCGUCUGGGUCUGCCACCCCAGCAGGGGAACCUGGGUCAAGUUGGGCUGCCUGCCCCGGACUCUGGCGGAUCACGCCUGCUGCUUCGUUCACCUGCCGCCCGGGAUAGCAAGCCCGGGAGAAACCGAGAGAGAGGAGACUUCGGCCGGCGGCGGUAAAUAGCUGGAGCAAAGCAGUUUGGGGUUUUUUUUUUCCUGGGGUGGCCCCUCAGGGAGACG